GCAGUUUAGUUUGAGAGGGCUUUCGCAACACAGUCAAUGGAAAUUCGACUGGGCAGAUUCAACCGUCGACUGGUGUAGAUGGCGAAUGGCAGAUACUCCCUGCCCGAUCCUGGGAGGGUGAUUUGAAUGAGUUGGAUGUAAAUGACGGGGUUGCACUGGUCGGUGUGAUAUUUUUGGUGCCAUCUACCUGGCAGAGGUUUCCUGAAGAGCCGACACAGAAGACAACUGCACUGAAUUACGUUAGUGCUCAGCAGCUGCCAUGACAGGGGUGGGAGCAGAGGAUGACAUUCCUCUCUGUGAGAGGAAAACUGUCACAGACUUCUGCUAUCUCCUGGACAAGUCCAAGCAACUUUUCAAUGGCUUAAGGGAUUUGCCUCAGUAUGGACACAAGCAGUGGCAGUCUUAUUUCGGCCGAACAUUUGAUGUGUAUACCAAGCUAUGGAAGUUUCAGCAGCAGCACAGACAAGUCCUGGACAACCGGUAUGGUCUCAAAAGGUGGCAAAUAGGCGAGGUUGCCUCAAAAAUUGGCCAGCUGUACUACCAUUACUACCUCCGCACUUCGGAAACAAGCUACUUAAAUGAAGCCUUUUCUUUCUAUUCGGCCAUUCGCCAACGAUCGUAUUAUCACCAAGUCAACAAAGAAGACAGGCCAGAGCUGGUGGUUAAAAAGCUGAGGUAUUACGCUCGGUUUAUCGUUGUUUGUCUAUUGCUCAAUAAGAUGGACCUGGUCAAAGUGUUGGUCAAGGAGCUUUCUGAUGAAAUUGAGGACUACACCCAGCGCUUCAAUACAGAAGACCAGCUGGAGUGGAACCUGGUGCUGCAGGAAGUUGCUGCUUUUGUGGAGGCAGAUCCACUUAUGAUCCUAAAUGAUGACAACGGUGUGGUGGUCAUAUCCAAUCGGCUACAGGAAGGGGGCGUUCCCUCGCUUGAACAGGGCAUGGUGGUUGGCCAGCUCACCUUGGCAGAUGCGCUCAUCAUUGGCAACUGUAACAAUCAGGUGAAGUUUAGUGAGCUGACCAUCGAUAUGUUUCGUAUGCUUCAAGCUCUCGAAAGGGAACCGGUGAACUUGGCCACGCAAAGCUCCAAGCCAGGGACACUUGUAAGAGAAGACUCUUACACUCUCCCUGUCACUCUCUAUGAGCCCAAUGAAAAGCCGGCCAAGCGAGAGAAUCCUCAUAAAUAUCUCCUCUACAAACCAACCUUCAGCCAGCUUUACACUUUCCUGUCUGCCUCUUUCAAGGAGCUGCCAGCCAAUAGCGUUCUGCUGCUGUAUUUAUCUGCCACUGGAGUUUUCCCUAAUGGACGCUCGGAGUGUGAAGGACCUUAUGACUUUGGAGGCGUCCUGACCAAUACUAACAGAGAUGUGGUGAAUGGUGAAAUGGUGCAGAAGAGGAACCAGGCACAAAAAGAGAUGCACUGCCUCCACCCAGGAGACCUAUUCCCCUUUACCAGGAAACCUCUGUUUAUCAUUGUAGACUCAUCUAACAGCACAGCUUAUAAGAAUUUUUCCAAUCUGUUUGGCCAGCCACUGGUAUGCUUGCUUUCCCCUACAGUAUAUCCGAAGAGCAUGCAAGAUCAAUCUCAGCGUGGGAGUUUGUUUACUCUCUUCCUCUACAACCCCCUCAUGGGCUUCCUGUCUGUCUGUGGACUGACCAGCAUGCGCUAUGGAUUGUGGGAAAAGGCCCAGGAACUCCUGCGGAAGGUUUUCCAUGACAUCGGCCAAAUGAUCACCGGUUCACGAGUCAUAGAUCAAGCCUAUCUGCAGUUUUAUGGAGACGAGUUUCUGCGUCUGCUAAUGAUCCGCUUUGUGUUCUGCUGCACCACGCUUAGACUACACAAGCUCUUCCGGGAAGCGAGAAGUUUUCCAGAAUCCUACCCACCGCUGCCUAAACAGGAGAUGGUGGAGAGCAGCCUUCUACAGAAACAUGUGCUGGAGUUGGCAGCCAUGUUGGACGUGCAAAACCUUUUCUCUGAUGGCAUGUUGGAUAACUAUUGACCACAUGGUGGCACCAGGCCAAUUUAUGCACAUACACAUGCUCAUACACUCACACAUACACAAGUUGUACUGUAGGUAGUUUCUUCUGAAUAAACUUGGGUGUUUAACCUACUCUAAACAUUUAGAUCUAGAUAGUUUAAGAACUAUUCAAGAGAAAUGUUUCAUCUUUCUGGGCAGAUAUUUGCAUUCACAUAAAUGUAUAUAUUUUGAGAAACGACACAAACCCAGAGCGUUGCUCCCUCCCAGCAUACAGGAGAACAUGUUGAUUUUAUACAUACAUGCAUGUACUGUAUGAGGGCAGGCACAUGGACGUUCAGACCUGUUGAGGGCAGCUAUCACAGUUACUGAAGGUCAAUAGAGAGCACAAGGUAACAAUGCUAAAAAGAGAAGCAUUACAGAAUGUGAAGGGGAAACAUUUUUUAUGUUAAUAGGUGUAAUUACAGGGAAAUUCUUCCAAAAUGAGCCUCUGGCCUUGGCAAAACACAUUUCGAAAAAGGAAGAUUGUUUUUCCUCCUUAACACUUUGCCUCUGCAACGUUUACACUUUUUCCAUAGGAAGCGUGCUGCAUGUUUGCAUUUUCGGUUCUGCUCCGAUCUUUUAUACGUCUUGCCUUUUUUGUUUGGGUUUUGUCCGUUAACAUUCCUUCGUUUUUCUGAUUUUUCUGCGGAUUUUAGACUGGCCUUUUAAUGGAGGUUCACCAUGCCUCUUUUGGGUCAUUUUGGCCAUCCGCUGUCUCUCAAUUAAUCGCUACGUCCUAAACAGGAUCUCUGUCAACAGUUUUUAAAAAAGAGAUUGUUUUUUAGCAUGCCUCAGUAGUGUGGUAAACCCAUACUUACAUAGCUAAUGUAAUAACCUUAUGUCUUAUUCCAUGUCUGCCGUGGACACCAAUAGCCAACAAAGUUGUCUUUUAUAACGUCACAAAGACGUACAUGAUAAUUUUCCUGUACAUAGGUAAAAAUUUGUGUACAUAUAUCUCUCUCUCUCUCUAUAUAUGUAUAGUCCUAAGCAGUUAAUGUAAUGCAGAGAAGUGUGUCUGUCUGGGUUGUUCGUCGUGGCAGAUCUGUGAAAAGAUGACCCCUGCAUGUGACAGGGGCAGUGUUCUUGUGUCGAAUUUGUGAAUGGACCAUGCCACUGUCUCAACCCCGCAGUCAGAUGACAUUCCAACAUUCACUUGCAGAAGAGCUCCUCCUUUACAAUCCAUCCAUGUCAAGGACGAUGGAUGUCUUCUUGAGUCUAAUAAGAAGAAUUGAUGUGUUUUGUUUGUUUCAUUACAUCACAAUGAUAAUGAUGAUGAUAAUGGUUACAAUAAUAGCCUUGCACUUUACUUGCACUAUUUAAGUUUGACUUUGAUGUUAUAUUUAUUGUGCUUUUGGUAAGAGGCAUGUCUGAUCAUUCCAUUAUGUCACACUUGUUCGAGAGUGGCAAGAAGCUUUUUCUAGAUUGAAAAUGGCACACAAUAAGGCUUUGAAAAAUAUCACAGUCAUCACGGUUUACUAUCCCCCCACAGUUCGAUUGUGGCCAAUCAAAUGGGACCAAAAGAUUCUUGCAUGCGGAGAGCACAAGGUCCCAUAGACUAAUGUAAUACCUUCUCAUCUCUCUCGCCUUUAGUACGGCAACUCGACCCUUGUCAUUGAAUCGCGUUUGUAUUUUUGCAUGUUUGCAAGAUUAAAUAUAAUCCAAAUAUAGCUGCUUCCACUAACGUAUUUUUCGAAGAAUACCCCGCUUACGAAAAAGAGAGAAGUUUGCCGAACAAAUCACUGCCAAACAGAAUCAACAUUUACAUGGAUUUUCCACUGCCCAAAUUAUGCAGACAAUUGUGUUCUCUCGCAGGCACAGAUUGUUUUAUGGCCUUGCUCUUUAUUUGGUUUGCCAAAAGCAAGAGAUGAGCAGGGAAACAGAUGGUGAAUGCCACGGUUUCCUCUCUUUCGAGUCUGCUGACCAUGACUGGUUGACCAUUGAAUGUUUUUGCCUUGUUUUAUUUAAUUUGUGUUAGUAAUACAAGUGGGUUGAUUUAAUGUCUCGACAUUCUCUAAAUUACCCUGUAAAUUCUUGCUGAGGUUGUCAUUGUGUAGUGCUAUGUUCACAGCCUCCCUUUAAAAUAAGAGCACAGGGACAAAUUAGAAGCACUUACAGUAUGCAUGAAAUGCACCACAAGAAUUUACCAAUCUUGGAUUUAGGACAAAAAUGCAACACAGUUUUGAUAUGGAGAGAUGAUUUUAUCUUGAGUGCUUUCUUACCAGGACAUAAUCUGAUUUCUGUAGAUGCAGAUGUUAUUUAUCUCUGCUUUAUUUUAAUGCCACAGUUAUUCGCUUUAACAGCCAUGAUUUGAAGGAACAGAUACAUUUGUGUAUUUUUUAUUUUGUUUUAAAUUGUAAUCAUGGUUUGUGGGGCCAUAUCUAAGGUGUAGUACGGGUGAUUUCUACCAGUUCCUGCUGUUGACGUGGGGAACAUUUUCAAAAGUGAUGUAAUGGUCAGAAUACUCUUUCUUUAUAAGUUAAGGGGUUCUAGAGUUGCUAGUGGAACAUACUUGCAUUGUCCAGUUGUCAUGUGUUUUUAAUCACUUAAAUGUUUUGUCUUAUCUGUUGCCAAAUUAUAUUUGAUGUUUGUUGUUAAAUGCAGAAAAAAGAACAAUGAAGAAAUGUGAUGAUACCAAACCAUGCAAGCUUUUUGUUUUUAAGAAUGCUAUUUAAGAACAUUAAAAAGUUAUGACUGUUUUGCUUAACUUUUGGUGUGCCUUUAAUCGCGUUUAUUCUACUUUCAUUCCACGAAGGAUAGUUUUUAUUUUAGCAAAUCAAAUAAGGAGAAUUCAGUCUAAAGUCUCUUAAAAGGUGCAAUGUGGGACUUUUAGAAGAAUCUGCAGAAAUGUAAUAUAAUAAAUAUAACUAUAUUAAAGGAACAGUAUGUAGGAUUGUGGUCAAAACUUGUACUGGAAUCACAAAACCUGUGGCUAAAACUGGUACUGCAAUCUCACAACUGGUGGCCAAUACCCAACAUGACAACAUAAACAUCAGUUGAGGGCUGCAACUCCACUUUUUAAAUGACAAUAUCCUGAACAGACCACUGUUGUCAGUGAUAUAAGUAUUUGAAAUGAAAAUGAUUUAUUAAUGUCUAGUGACAUAUCAGGGCCAUUUUAUGAUUAAUUGAUAUACAUUUCUUACAUACUGUUCCUUUAAAUAUAACAGUGGUGUAUAUAGCAGAUGUCUUCAUGGGUCCACACCCGAGUGGGUUUGGGUCUAAAAGUUUCAUGUGUGCCUCUGACACGAGUCGGGUAUAAUAUUAGCAGCCUUUGGUAAUUUAAAAUGAAUGUGUUUUUGCUGAACGCGUCCAAACUAUCUCGCGUAAGUCCUUUUCCAACCUCUCUUCUGUUUGUCAAGAGCGCUUGCGAC